GUGACGGCGAUAACCAGCUCUAAACGAAUCAAAGGUGCAGCAAUGUGCAGACAGUCGCUGUCGCAAACCGCAAGGACUAACGAGCAGCAGGAGCAGCAACAGCAGCAGCAGAUGUCCGACGAGGAGCUGCAGCGGCAGUAGGCGGAGAGCAACAACAUUUUUGUAUCUACCCGAGAUGCGUUUUUGCGGACCGGACACUCAGAUAGCGACACACACAGCGGAUAGACAGAACCCCUGCUGCAGUCCCGAAAUCCUGCGAUCCUGCGAAAAUCCACACACACUCAAGGCAAUGCCCUCCAACUGCAACUUUUGAUGCGAACCUUGCGGCACCUGCAGAGAGGCCCCCGGGAACACCCACUUGACUGAUAGUUUAAACCACUACUAAAGUAAACACCCACACAGCAGCAGCACACACGGCAGCAACCAGCUUUUAAUUAUUGUUAAGAACAACAGCAACACCAACAACAACACCCGACCCGUAAAUGCCAAAUAUGUGUUGUUCAAUCUGAAAAGCUGAAGGCUGAAGGCUGAGAAUACACCACGAAACCGAGAGAGACAGCAACACUGAGAAUCGUACCAGUAACAGGCUCAAAAGUUGGGAACAGGAAUCACAUCCACAUCCACAUCCGACAUCCGACAUCUGACAUCCACUUGCAUCGCCAUCAUCAUGGGCAACCAUUGCUGCAGCAAGCGCCAGGAUCAGGAGCUGGCUCUGGCCUAUCCCACGGGCGGAUACAAGAAGUCCGACUACACCUUCGGCCAGACGCACAUCAACAGCGGCAGUGGCGUUGGCGCCGGCGGCCUUGUCCAGAAGCACAACAACGGCGGCUCCCUGGACUCGCGCUACACCCCGGAUCCCAACCAUCGCGGGCCACUGAAAAUUGGCGGCAAGGCCGGCGUUGACAUCAUCAGGACCCGCACCACACCAACUGGCGUUCCUGGUGUCGUCCUCAAGCGCGUUGUGGUGGCGCUCUACGACUACAAGUCCCGCGAUGAAUCCGACCUGAGCUUCAUGAAGGGCGACCGCAUGGAGGUCAUCGACGACACCGAAUCCGAUUGGUGGCGCGUCGUCAAUUUGAGUACGCGCCAGGAGGGACUCAUCCCGCUGAACUUUGUGGCCGAGGAGCGCAGCGUCAACAGUGAAGACUGGUUCUUUGAGAACGUGCUGCGCAAGGAGGCGGACAAGCUGCUGCUGGCGGAGGAGAAUCCGCGUGGCACCUUCCUUGUCCGCCCCUCGGAACACAAUCCGAAUGGCUACUCGUUGUCGGUGAAGGACUGGGAGGAUGGACGCGGCUACCACGUGAAGCACUAUCGUAUCAAGCCGCUGGAUAAUGGCGGCUACUACAUAGCCACCAAUCAGACGUUUCCCUCGCUCCAGGCUCUGGUCAUGGCGUACAGCAAAAAUGCCCUCGGCCUGUGCCACAUACUGUCGCGUCCCUGCCCCAAGCCCCAGCCACAGAUGUGGGAUCUGGGGCCAGAGCUGCGUGAUAAGUACGAGAUACCCCGAUCGGAGAUUCAGCUACUGCGGAAACUGGGACGCGGCAACUUUGGUGAGGUCUUCUACGGCAAGUGGCGCAACAGCAUCGAUGUGGCGGUCAAGACGCUGCGCGAGGGGACCAUGUCCACGGCUGCCUUCCUCCAAGAGGCGGCCAUCAUGAAGAAGUUUCGUCACAAUCGCCUGGUGGCACUCUACGCGGUCUGCUCACAGGAGGAGCCCAUCUACAUUGUGCAGGAGUACAUGUCGAAGGGCAGUCUUCUUGACUUUCUACGCGAGGGCGAUGGCCGCUACUUGCAUUUUGAGGAUCUCAUCUAUAUAGCCACCCAGGUGGCCAGCGGCAUGGAGUAUCUGGAGUCCAAGCUGCUCAUCCACCGCGACUUGGCGGCCCGCAAUGUUCUCAUUGGCGAGAAUAAUGUGGCGAAGAUUUGUGAUUUCGGACUGGCGCGUGUCAUAGCCGACGACGAGUACUGUCCCAAGCAGGGCUCCCGCUUCCCAGUCAAGUGGACGGCGCCCGAGGCCAUCAUCUACGGCAAGUUCUCGAUCAAGUCGGAUGUCUGGUCGUACGGCAUACUGCUGAUGGAGCUGUUCACGUACGGACAGGUGCCCUAUCCGGGCAUGCAUAGUCGCGAGGUGAUCGAGAAUAUCGAGCGCGGCUUCCGCAUGCCAAAGCCUACCAAUCACUACUUCCCCGACAACAUCUACCAGCUGCUGCUGCAGUGCUGGGAUGCGGUGCCCGAGAAGCGGCCGACCUUUGAGUUCUUGAAUCAUUACUUUGAGUCGUUCUCGGUCACGUCCGAGGUGCCGUAUCGAGAGGUGCAAGACUAAGAGGAGUCCCAGCAAGUCCCAGGAGUCACACACACACACUGACCCUUCACAUACACACGCAAACAUACAACACAUAUAUAGUACAUAAAGUUAUACAUAUAUUAUACAUUUAUAUGCAUAUUUACUAUAAUUCGUAAGACUUUUUAAAAUGGCAUCGUUGCAUACCAACCAGCAGCCGCAGCAGCAGCCGCAGCAGCAGCAGCAGCAGAUAUGCAUCUACAUGAACUCUACUCUAAAUGUAUGUGUUUAAGCGUAUUCAACAACAUUUGAAAAAACCAACAGCAAACAAAGAAAAAGAAAAACAAAAACAAAACAAAAAAAAGAAAACCACAAAAUUUUAUAUUUUACACGCAAAACUAUUUUAUAAUUUAUAUACCUAAAUGUAUGUACUAUGGAAAUAGCAAGUAUUUAACUAGUUUUGUAAGCUUAACAAGAAGCGGAAGCAGAAGCGGAAGCGGAAGCAGAAGCAGAAUAGGGCCGAAGAAAAUUGAAGAAUUUCUAAUCGAAUAGAGCCUCUAACGAUUUAACGCUAAUGCUACUUUAAACGGUCCUUAGGUGCAUUUUAUGUAUAGAGAAAACAAACCAAUCUACAACUCAAACUCUUUGGAACUACUCCUACUCCUAAUCCGCCCUCUGCUGAAUAGUUUUUCCCUCUACUUUCCAUGUGUACACGCGACUUUAUAUCGACUAAGCCAAGUAUUAUUUAACUCAAUCAAUCAAUCAAUCAAUCACGACACUUGUGUAUUUUCAAAUUGUUGCUAAAUGAUGAAACUCCAAUGAUGGCAUUUACUUAUAAGGCGGUCCCCGCCCCGUCUCCUACUUCCAUGUCAACCAGAUCUUAUCUAUCAAACCAGACAACAAAUAUGAAUACUAUUUUGCUGCUUCCUCCGAGUAGUUGAGAGGCUAUGAAAAAUUGCAUUUUGUACAGAUCAUUAAAAUGGAAAACAAAAAAAUGCAUUUCAGAUUCGUUGCUAGCGAUUAAACCAAUGAAUGUUUAUAGUACAUUUAAGUUUAUGCCAAAAUUAUUGAAUAUUUACUUUUCGUUUUUGUAUAUUUAAGCACAAGGCAAACACACACAAACCCACACACACACCAACACCAACAAAAAACACAACAAUUGGGCACUGUCCAUGUAGCAUAGAUCCUGCAUAUCCUGCAGAGUUGGCCCGCAUUUAGUUCCUCUCUCUCUCUGUCUCUCUCCAGAACCCGCUGUUCCUUGCGUGUGCAGCAAACCGAUCGAUCAAUAGCCAUAUGGAUAAACUGCUAUCUCAAGGGUUUCAAAAAAAAUGCAAAAUAUCAGACGAUAGCGUUACGAUAUCGAUAUCGAUAUCUAUCAAUCAAUCAAUCACUUAGCUACACAAUCACACACACACACACGCUCACACAGAGACGGAUGAUGCACUUGAAUUGAGGAUGCUUUUGAUCUAAUUUAUUUGAAUUUUUGUUGUAAUUUUUUUUUAGUUUACCGACUACCGUCUAUGGAUAUAGUAUCUAUCAUAUAUAUUGUGUUGGCCAUUGUGUGCACAUUCUGUAGCAUAAAACCAAAGUUUAGCAUUUCGUAUUGAAAGUAUACAUAUAUGUAUUUGUAAAGAACUCGAGGCAUUUCACAAACGACAACAAAAUCAAGAACAAGAACAAAAACCAGAUAAAGAAAAAGAAAAGAAAAAAAAAGGAACAACCGACAACCAAUCAUUGUAUGAAAUGGCAUUCAACGUAAAAACCACAACCACAACGGAAUCAUUGCAGAUAAUUUACGAGUAAUUAAUCUAUUGUUAUAAUUCAAAGGCAAAACUGAAAUUGUUUAGAGUAGUUGAUGAAUUUUUUUGUAUAUAAACUUGACAUAAACUGUAGAAUUAACGCAAAAUCAAUUGCAUAAUAAUACAAUAUUGUAAUAGCAA